CAUGUGAGGACGUGUACGGAAAACCCUUUCGCUUUCAGAGAACUGAGAUAAGUGAGAGUCUCAAAGGUUCAUUCAUUAUAUCAUGGAUGUUGCUAAGUUUACAGGAAUCUUAAGAAUUACAUCUCAAUCUUCACUAUUUGCUCUUAAUUCUUCAUUUUCAUCCGCUUUGCUAAAACCCCACGCAAGAAAUUUCAUUUCUUUGAAAGAAAAAUCUCUCUGUAAUUCAAUCACUAACCAAAAACGUCAUUUUUGCUUAGUUUCUGCAUCAAAAAUGGAUCAUUUUCAAAAUUCAUCACACCCCCAGGGUAUUGAAUCAUUCUUUAGGAGUUUUUUAGCUAAAAUGGAAAAGGUGUAUUUGAGUAGAAAUCCAACUGCAAAAUCGAUUCUAGAGCUUGUAAAUUCAGCUGAUGAUGAAGAUCAAAUUUGUUAUGAUCAUUUUGCAUUCAGAACAUUUGGGAUUGAUGGUUAUGGAAUUGAUUCCAUGGCUCAGAUUUUCUUAGACUAUGGAUUUACACCAAGAGGAGAACUGAGAUUCCCUGAAAAGAAAUUGAAAGCAGUUUGGUUUGCCCCUCCUACUCAUCAUAGUAUUAUUGAAUCAGAUGAUAAUGGAAGUGGUGUUAAUGGACCUUUGCCUAGAAUCUUCGUAUCUGAGCUUCUUGUUGAUGAGAUGAGUCCUAAAGCUCAGGAGAUAAUUCGGAAAUACACUAAAUUAUCUGGUAAUGGAAAUAAACAUGCAGCUCUUGCAAGUGCAUUGGGAUCAUUAACAUGGGAAACGCCGUUAUAUUCUGAGUUUCAAGAAUUGGCCAAAGAAAGUGAAUAUGCGGCAUGGACUCUUGUCAAUGGAUAUGCAUUGAACCAUUUAACGAUUUCCACUCAUCGAUUAAAAUCUUACUUGCGAGACAUUACAAACCUUAAUAAGUUUAUUGAAGAAAGUGGAUUCAAAUUGAAUUCUGAAGGGAGUGUUCUAAAAGUGAGCCCUGAUGGACUUCUGCAGCAAAGUUCAACUGUGGCAGAUACAUCAACUUUUCAUUUUGCUGAUGGCGUGACUGAGUCUGUUCCACGGUCGUACAUUGAGUUCGCAGAGCGUCUUGUGCUGCCCCAGUAUAAAAACAUACCUAACAGUGAGAUGAAAGAAUAUCACAGGCGUGACGGAUUUGAGGUGGGCAAUGCUGAUAAGAUAUUCGAGAGCACAUCCAAGGAUCAAUUAACCAGGAAAACAACUGUAAAAUAAAACCACCUUUGUAACAUGUAUGCCGCUUGGAGAAUUGGAACUGUUUAGGACACAUAUCAAGGGAAUAAAUUUAGUUGUAACCAUUGCUCAUCUAUGGGUUUGGACUUCAAUCUUGUAUAUAUUUAGAAGUUAUAAUGGACAGAUAGAAUGGUUUUAGAGAUUAAACUAGUGCUAACUUUUCUGUGGUUAUAAACAAGAAUUACUUUAAUUCAGAA